AUGGUCACCAAUAGGCAGGAGCGCCACAACGCUGCAGCUGCCAGUGUCAACGCAUUUGGAGCAUGUGACUGUGCGGCCCAGCUGCAUGUCUUGCUGGACGGAAAGGUAAGAACCAUGUUGGGUCGUGGGUACGUUCAUACUCAGUUGCUUUACAGCAGGGUGGUCACGAGUUUGGCCCAGGGAAAGAUAUGUGUGGACGUGGAGUUCUUGUGUCUUGUGAUGGCGACCCUCUCAGUGCUAGCCGUGGGCCAUGGGGGAUUCGAUUGGCUGCCCGACUCAUCAUGGCUGGCCGUCAUCCUGUCGGAGUUGUCCCAGAAGGACAUGCUCUUGAGUACGGGAGGCGCUAAACCAGAGCUUAAGAUUAAUAUCGAAGGAAUGAUGUGCGAUGGCUGCAGCUCACGUAUUGAGACGGUGUUGAAGGGCAUGGAGGCUGUCAAGACUGUAAAUGUUUCACUCGAGGGCAAGGUGGCUGUGGUUCAGCUUGCCAAGGGAGCCACAGACAGCACAGAAGCGCAGGCUGCUGCUGCUGCACUUGUCGAUACGAUCAACAGCUUGGGCUUCGAAGCUAAGCUACAGCAGUAG